AGCCACUCCCUCUCCCCCAUGUUUAUCCUGCGCCGACUCCCUCUCACCCGCCAUCUCCGCUUAUCCCGGAAUAACCGCGUCGCUUCCGUCGUAUCCGCCGCCGCCGUUCGCCAGGACGCCUCCCUCUGGACACCAGCUCCUCUCUCUCUAAUCGAAUCGGCCGCAGAAUCGCUUUUCCACAUCUCAAUCGACAUUUCAAACGCUCCGGAUCUCGUAGCCUCUUACACGAGACCCGGUCAGUAUCUCCAGCUCCGUGUUCCUGAUGCUGAGAAGCCUGCUUUUAUGGCAAUCGCUUCUCCUCCUUCCUUGGCGGCUUCUCGUGGUGCUUUCGAAUUCUUGGUCAAGAGCAUCGCUGGAUCUACCGCGGAGAUUCUCUGCGGGUUAAAGAAAGGGGAGACCGUUGAGCUUAGCCCUGUGAUGGGUAAUGGUUUCAAUAUCGAUCUGAUUGAUCCUCCUGAGGAAUAUCCAACGGUUUUGAUUUUCGCCACUGGAUCUGGAAUUAGCCCCAUCCGCUCACUGAUCGAGACAGGAUUUGGUGCUGAUAGAAGAUCUGACGUAAGACUCUAUUACGGAGCUAGGAACCUGAAAAGGAUGGCUUACCAGGAUAAGUUUAAAGAGUGGGAAUCAUCGGGUGUCAAAGUUGUGCCGGUAUUAUCACAGCCAGAUGAUGGUUGGAAAGGGGAAACCGGAUAUGUGCAGGCUGCUUUUGCAAGGGCUAAACAACUUUCAGCUCCCGAGGCCACGGGAGCGGUGCUGUGCGGACAGAAACAAAUGGCUGAGGAGAUAACUUCAAUUCUUGUAGCUGAUGGAGUCUCAAAUGACAAGCUGCUCAAAAACUUUUGACAGAUAUAUUCUUGUAUUAUCGUAUAAUUUUACUAUUUCAUCAUAUCAUUAUUCUUUUGAUACCAAAGUCCUCUUCAAGGCCUCUCUAAUUCAUAAACACACAGAUUUUGU